AUGGGUGAUCUUAAAGUAGUUGGAGGAAUCAAAAAGCUUAACAGUACAAAUUACACCACAUGGGUAACAUGCAAAGCAAUGUUUGCUUUAAAGAUCACAAUUGAAGGAGAAAUGUUGGAGCACAUACGCGAUGCUAAAACACCGAAGGAAGCAUGGGACACUUUAGUUACACUCUUUUCAAAGAAGAAUGAUACGAGACUACAAAUUCUUGAGAAUGAGUUGAUAUCAAUGGCGCAACGAGACAUGACGAUUCCCCAAUAUUUUCAUAAGAUGAAAUCGAUAUGUCGUGAAAUAUAUGUUUUAGAUCCAACAACAUCUAUAGGCGAUGCUAGGAUAAAGAGAUUAAUUAUCCAUAGUUUGAAACCCGAAUAUCGAGGGUUUGUUGUCGCUAUACAAGGAUGGCCGACACAACCAUCACUUGUUGAGUUCGAAAAUUUGCUUGUUGGUCAAGAAGCUAUGGCUAAGAAAAUGGGAGGAGUUGCAUUGAAGAGUGAAGAGGAAGUGUUCUACACCAACAAAAGCAACGAAAAGCGGCACAAUAAUGGUGGAUCUAAAAAGAAUGGCCACAUGGCAAAAGACUGUUGGUUCAAGAAAAAGUCUACUGAAAGUAAUAAUGCGACCUCUACUUCUAAAGAGCAUGAAGAUGAUUGGGAUGCUGAAGCAUUUCUUGCUAUGGAGGAAGAAUAA